AUGUUGAAAAAGAUUCCACUUACAGAAUGGCUCGUGGUUGUUUACGAUCGUCCCAAUGUUAACCGCCUCUUGUACCGUAGUCAGCAUUUGGCCAGAAUACCUCAAUUGGUGGAACUGGGAGUUGUGACUAAUGUAGGACCAAUUUUCGCCGACACCAACAAAACCAAGUUUGUUGGAUCCAGUUAUAAUCUUAGGGCAAACAGCCGCCAAGAAGUAGUGGAGUUUUUGAAGCAAGACAUCUUUUACAAGGAGGGGAUUUGGGACGUUGACAAUGCAAUAAUAUACCCGUACACGGUGGUGAGCCGGGAUGCAAAGACAGGUGAAUAA